CUGGAUUCAUGUUGAGUUUUGUUUUGACAUUGACAACGAGAGAAGCAAAGAGCGACCGAACGAAGGAAGUAGAGCUUCAAGAUCUGACGAGACCUGUAGUGACCCACUAGUAUGAAAGGACUACUAUCUUCUUAGGCAAAUGUAUUUAGGAUGAAUUGAUUCAGUUUUCAUUAUGGCCGAGAAAGUGACGUUUCUCAAUGGAACCCCCAAGUCGUUUUAUGUCCGAACUGAAUCGCAAAGCCAAGAGGUGGCCCGGUUGGAGCACGAGUUGCUGGAAAGAUAUGGAGUUCCUGGAAGUGGUGGCGUGGAAAUCCAAGACAAAUGUCGACUCUCGAAGAAAGAUCGUCUGAAGCCGGGAUUUUCUUUUGGCAUUCAAUACAAAGACGUCGAAGGCCGGCCCAAGUUUGGCCGAGUGAUCUUGGCCGACAUCCUGACUGAGGACGACGUGACCGUCAGCUACUUGGACUUGAGCUACGUGGCUGUUGUUGGAAUCAAGAGCCUUCUAAGGCUGCCCAAGCAAUUGAGAGCCAUUCCACCGCAAGUCACGUUUUGUACGAUGUUUGAGUAUAUAAACUCGGACUUGAACGAGUCAAACCUUUUCGAGAAGGUGUGGCAAAUGGCCAACACUUUGUACAUGGUUCGACUGCCUGACGAGGGCUCGGAGAAUACGAAUGCACCCAUUCCAGUCAGGCUAGUGGCCGAUAUUGAUGUCAGCUCUAUUAUAAAGAUGAAUUUGGAAGCUCCAGUUUGUCUCCAAGAGGACCCUAAGCACUCAUUGAAGGCCAAAAGCCUGGAUGAUGAAUCCUUGAUCCAUGAAAUGUCGGAUUGUGGCUGUGGCGAUGAGGCUGUGGACCUGAGCCGAGUCAGUUCGUGGCUAGAAGACUCUUCACUCACCGAUAAAGAGCCUUCGAAAGUUCCUACCCGUCAUCCGAAAAUAUCAAAAAUAUCAGAUUUGCCUCCUUUGACAGUGACGACUAAUGAACAAGGGGCUUUUAAGUUCUUAUUUGCUCACAUCGAGAGCCCUGGUCGUUUUUUUGUGCACCCUUGGGAAGAUACACAAGGUGUAUUUGAAUCCUUUUUACUCGAUCUCAAUCAGUUUUAUUCGGAGAAUGGACGGGAUGCCUCUCACAAAAUCGAAGGCCACAUUCGCCAAGAUUCCUUGGUUGCAGUGUAUUCAGAGUCCACUUGGAAUCGCGGGUGCUUGAAAGAACACGUGGACGCUGACCUCAAGAAAGUGUUCAUGAUUGACCACGGGGACACCGUCGAAGCUCCUACCAAAGAUCUGAGAGUCCUGGACAAGAAGUUUUGUGCUCAAGCGCCAUUGGCGAGAGAAUGCUCCCUUGAAGGAGUCCAAGUUGUUCCGGCAAAACUACCUCAAGCUGUGAGCCUCAUGAACGAACAAAGCGAUCUUUUUGGACAAAAAUCCUGGUUCAUUGGCGUCCCCGAUGAUGUGGAAAAUAACAUCAUGUCCCUAGAUGUGCUCGCCCAGGAGUUUGAAAAUGACGAUGGAUCCAUCCAACCGACCCUUUCUUUGAACGCCUUUCUUGUGGCUAAGGAAGUCUGCCUCAGCGAUACACAUCCCCAAACCUUGGACUGGAACCCGAUCGGCGAUGACUAUGCAGCCGGAGACAAUUUUUACGACUCUGCGAGUCGUCAGCAAUAUCCCAAACAGGUUGGAGCACGGUUCCAUGGGCCCCAAAUUUGUAGAUUCUUUCAGAACAGCGGAAGAUGCAUGAAGGGCGACGCAUGUCCGGAUUAUCAUCUUUUUACUGGGUCCAAUGCUUAUACGGAGAUUGAUCGCGAUAAGACCAUGACAGCGGCCUACAACGAGAUCACACUACCCAGUAAAGAGAGCGACACUUGCAUACAAGUGUCGUCUAUUCAGAGUCCGAGCAAUUUCUACAUUAUUCUGCCUUGGGGCCCGAUCGACAUCAACCAAGCCAAUCUGGAUAUCUUUGAAUCAGCCGCGGAUCAAGAGCAAAACUUGGAAGUGUUGUGUUCCGAAAUGACACGCUACUACAACAGGAUCGAUCAAACUUCCAAGCGGGUUCAGUCUAAAUUCAUUCGAACAGAGAUUGUGGCGGCCUUUUGUUCCCAUGAGAAGCAAUGGCUUCGUGCCAAGAUCUUAGACGUGCCUCUAGAUCAAGAAGAUCAUUCUACCUUGACCGUGUUCUUCGUUGAUUUUGGCAAUUCUCAAGAUGUUGCCUUGAAAUCGAUCCGGAAAAUCCAGCCCGCCUUUCUUCACCUGCCUUUUCAAGCCCUCCAAUGCUCAUUGAGUGGAGUCAAGCCUUUGGGCGAUUUGUGGACAAAGGAGGCCACGGAGUACUUCUUUCAAUUGGUUCACGACAAGACUUUUUUGGCCUCAAUUGAAUGUGUCAAUCCGAAUUGGCCUUUGCAAUUGACACUAAGGGAUAUGAAAACUUCAGAAGAGACGGUGGUCCAAGCCCUUAUCAAAUCUGGGUUUGGAGAUCAAUGCAAUGGAGGGAUCAUCGGAUUGAACACUAAUAGCAAAUACAUUCCGGGUUGAUUUUGGCUUGUCAGAAACUCGAUUCUAUCGCGAGCAGAGACCGUGGAAUGAUAAAGAAUCAGAUUGAAAAAGACUCGAAUUGGUUCGUUUUUUCAGUGUUUAAAUAAAACAUAUUGACAACGUU